AUGGAGUGGUUCGGUCCCGCGCCCCUCUUCGAGCCCCGGAGGGGCGGCGGAGAUCGGCCCAGCCGGCUCAGCCGCAAAACCGAAGAGCUGGAGGUGGAGGAGGCUCGGAAUCGCCAGAAGGAGCUGCAGGAGAUCAUUGUGGCGGCAGAGAAUGUUGAGACCAUCCUCGCCACCGUGCGUGAGCUCGAGGGGGCCAUUGUAAUCUCCACCGCUCUGCACCGCCUGGGCAAGGUGCCUGUGUCGCCCCAGGCCUUCAAGGAUCCCCGGUUUCAGCUGCUGCUGGACCGCUUCAAGAGCCGGAUGCCCUUCUUCGGCAGCCGGCAGAUCGCCAACUCCCUGCAUGGCCUUGGGGCGGUGAACUACCGGGGUCCUGGGCCGUGGAUGGAGGUGUCCGUUCAGACACAGCGCCGGAUCCAUGAGUUCGAGCCCCAGCAUGUGUCCAACACGCUGUGGGCCUGUGCAAGGAUGCAGCUGCAGGAGCCGCUGAUGAUAAGAGCGCUUACGGCCAGAGCCAUCGAGGAUAUCCAACGCUUUUGUCCCUUAGACAUCUCCAUUUGCACCUGGGCCUUCGCUACCCUGAAGCACCGGGAGCCCGAGUGGCUGCGGGCGGUGGUGCGUGCCCGCUGCGAGUUCGCGGACUUCUCCCCGCAAAAUAUGUCCAACUUCGUCUGGGGCUUGAGCACUUUGGGCUUCCGCCACGACAACAUGGUGCUGGCGGUGGGCCGGGAGGCCUCCAGAAAGAUCCAGGACUUCAUCCCUCAGGAGCUUUCCAAUUUCUCCUGGGCUCUUGCCACCAUGGACCUUUGCGACAACUUGAUGUUGCGGGCCAUUGCGGAAGAGGCAGACCGCCGAGGGGAGGAGGUGAACAGUUGGGACCCCCAGAGCUUGUCCAACAUGAUGUGGGCCUACGCCACCUUGGCGGUGAAGGAUGACCCUUUGUUCCGGCGGCUCCUGGACGCCUCCAUCUGCCGCAUCCUGGACCACGACACCCAGAAUUUGGCCAACAGUUCCUGGGCCACUGCCAUGGUGGGCUUCCGCUGCUCCCGGUGGCUCAACGCUGCAGCAGAGGCAGCGGUGCGGAAGAUCCGGGAAUGUCAGACGCUGCACCUGGCGCAGCUUGCCUUCGCGUUCGCCAGGUUUUGCACCACCGGGGAGCGGUUCGGCUUUCUGCCGACUCUGCUGGAGGAGACCUUGCGACGGGUGGAGGAGUUCCCGCCCCAGUCGCUCUUCGACGUCCACGACGCCCUGGUCUUCUUUAAGCUCAUGCCGCCCAACACGAGCAUCGAGCGCCGCCUGUCCUGCUGCUUUGAGGAGACCCUCAAGAAGCUGGAGGACUUCGCUCGGCUCGGCGCCCAAGGCCGCCCCAGCGGUGCGGAAGUGGCUGCCUAUCAGCGCAGUGUGGAGCAGAGUGACAUUGUGACGCUCGGGGAGCACUGGACGCUGGCCUUCCUGAAGCAUUUCGGCAUGCUUUGCCCCGCAGAUGACGGCUUUAUCCCUAGCGCGCGCAGGAGAAUUCUCGACUUCCGGGCUGAGGAGGCAGCAAAAGACCCGGUGAGCCGAUCCAUUUUCCACCGUGCCCAGUGUGCAUGGCAGCUGGGCAUUCAAGGGGAUGCUGAUGGAGCGCUUGCAGAUGGCCUUUUUGAGAGCGGCGAGCCAAUUGCUGGCGCCCCAGCCGGCCAUGGCCUCUACGUGUGCCGGCUUCGGCACACCCGUGAAGGCGAUGCGGAGAUCCAAGCGCUUUGUGCAGCCUUAGGCACCAGUGCCUUGCGCAGCGGGCGUGGACAGGGCUUGAAGCUGAACCUGCACCUGUCGGACGUGCCCUGCGUGUCCUGUUUGGGCUGCACCCUGCAGUUCCAGUUCCGCUAUCCUGGAGUGCUGAAGGUCUCCUUCGACCGGGGCCGCGUGCUGCAACAGGACUCGGUGCCCAUCCCGCGCCCCCCGCCGCCGCCUUCCAAGCGAGGGAACGCGGUGCCCUAUGCGCCAUUGGCAAGCACGACGCCCCACGAUGGGGUGGAUCGCUCCAUGCUGCGAAAAGACGUGCCGCAACGGGAUGUCACUACCUUCUACAUGAACUCAGUGGCAAACAUUGGCGGCUUUGCUCUGCCCUUGUCGCGGCACGUAGGGCCCAAUGGGCAGGUGCACGCCUUUGAACCUUUUCGGGUGCUUCAUCAGCUGCUGACUGCCAAUUGUGCCAUCAAUGGCCUGCUGAGCUGCUUCACCUACCACGCUGCUUUAGGCAGCAAGGCGGAGAAGCGCCGGCGGCGCAUGCCCGGCCUUGCAGCUGUGGGCAAUCCGUCCAAGAGCUUCGUGGUGGACUCGGUGGCCUCGGAGCUGCUGAUACACCACGACUCCGGGGGCCGGAUGGAGACCGUAGAAGUUGUUCGCCUCGACGAGAAGCUGGACUUGGAGCGGCUAGACGUCAUGAAGAUUGACGUGGAAAGCGGGGAGUAUGACAUGCUUCUGGGUGCCGAGCAGACCAUUCGCAGGCACCAGCCACUCAUCUAUGUUGAGGACUCCGAGGCAGAGGGCAGCCAGGGCUCACCAACAAGGGUGGUCGAGCUGUUAGGCCAGCACUCCUACACCUGCUACGACCCGCGGGAGUUCGGCCUGGCUUUAAUGACCUCAACCCUUUGCGUGCCUCCGCGUCUCAACGAAGAGGUGAGAGCACGCAUCCGCAAUAUCCGCUGGAGUGGGCCUCCGAGAUGA